UCCCUUUCCUAUAUUACUGAUCUAUGCUUCAACUUUGCUUUCUGUCCUCUUUUUUCUGCUGAUUACAUUAUACACAACUUCUCUCUGCUAGCCAUGGCUUCGGCUACUCUCUCUGUUGCCAAACCAUCUCUUCAGGGCUUCUCUGAGUUCUCAGGACUUCGAAACUCCUCUGCUCUUCCCUUCGGCAAGAAAUCUUCUUCCGAUGAGUUUGUUUCCUUUGUCAGUUUCCAGACUUCUGCAAUGGGAAGCAAUGGUGGAUACAGGAAAGGAGUGACCGAGGCCAAGCUAAAGGUAGCCAUCAAUGGUUUCGGUAGGAUUGGUAGGAACUUCCUGAGGUGUUGGCAUGGUCGUAAAGACUCUCCUCUUGAUGUCAUUGCCAUUAACGACACUGGUGGUGUCAAACAAGCAUCCCAUCUCCUCAAAUACGACUCCACUCUUGGAAUCUUUGACGCUGAUGUCAAGCCUUCAGGAGACGCUGCUCUCUCUGUUGAUGGAAAGAUCAUCAAGAUUGUAUCUGAUCGUAACCCAUCUAACCUCCCCUGGGGGGAACUAGGUAUCGACCUUGUGAUCGAAGGAACCGGAGUGUUUGUGGACAGAGAAGGUGCUGGAAAGCACAUUCAGGCUGGAGCCAAGAAGGUCUUAAUCACUGCUCCUGGAAAAGGAGACAUCCCAACUUAUGUUGUUGGUGUCAAUGCUGAACUUUACAGCCAUGAUGAUACCAUCAUCAGUAACGCCUCUUGUACUACUAACUGUCUUGCUCCAUUCGUCAAGGUUCUUGACCAGAAGUUCGGGAUCAUAAAGGGUACAAUGACAACAACUCACUCAUACACUGGUGACCAGAGGCUAUUGGAUGCUAGCCACCGUGAUUUAAGGAGAGCAAGAGCAGCUGCCUUAAACAUCGUUCCAACAUCAACAGGAGCAGCCAAAGCCGUGGCUCUAGUGCUCCCUAACCUCAAGGGAAAACUCAAUGGAAUAGCAUUGCGUGUGCCAACUCCCAAUGUCUCAGUUGUUGACUUAGUUGUGCAAGUCUCCAAGAAGACUUUUGCUGAGGAAGUCAACGCUGCUUUCAGGGAUGCAGCUGAGAAAGAGCUUAAAGGUAUACUCGAUGUGUGCGAUGAGCCUCUUGUCUCUGUUGACUUCAGGUGCUCUGAUGUGUCUUCCACCAUUGAUUCUUCUCUCACAAUGGUUAUGGGAGAUGAUAUGGUUAAAGUGAUUGCUUGGUAUGAUAAUGAAUGGGGUUACUCUCAGAGAGUUGUUGAUUUGGCUGACAUUGUUGCCAAUAACUGGAAGUGAAGAUCUCUGCUCCAUUUCUUUUUUUUUUACAGUUUAUAUGAUUCGGAAUGUAGAAUUGUAGUUCCUGAGUUUAUGUACUUGUGCUCUACAAUUUUAUAGUAAUAAAUUUUAUUCAAACAUGUUACAUCCCUUUGAUUAAAUUCAUAACACUGCAACACUUUUUAGAUUACAUACUAGAAUCAGAUAAAAGAUGAAGAAGAUCCAAUAGUCUGAGGAGGAUCUUCAUUAUAAUCACUGAGAAGAGAAAGGGGCAUGCCACUUAAGAGGAAGUCAUACUCAAAGCAAUGAGCUUCAUCUCCGAGAACAGAGCCAAGCGUCAUAUUGUCUGCAUCGCCAUCUUCUUCUGUUUUGUCCUGACGGCCUAAUAAACUGCUUGACAUCUCAUUAGGCAAAGAAGGUAAUGAAACCUCUUGGCUUUUACCAACAUGAUCAUCAUCAUGAGAAAAAUGUGAGAAACUGUUAGUGAGAUUAGCAGAAAGCUGUUGUUCUUGCAAAUAAGAGUAGAUCGGACCAGCAACAGAAUGGUUGUUUUCUUGUGGCUGAUCUUGCAGAAAACAGAAACUAGAAGAUCCUAAACUCAUAUUAGGUUCCAAAGACCGAACAGGGUUAACAAAAAAAGCUUUGUGUGAUGAUGUUUGUAAGAACUGUUGUGGUUGUGUUUGUGUCUGUAAAGAGAUGUUAUCAGUGUAGAAGAAGUUGGUUUUGGCUAGAGAGCCACUGAUGGAUCGAGCAGCAACAUCAUAAGCUAAAGCAGCUUCUUCAGCUGUAUCAAACGUUCCAAGCCAGUGUCUCUCUUUUGUGAAAGGGUUUCUGAUUUCAGCUGCAUAUCUUCCCCAUGGACGUCUCCUUACUCCAAGGUACUUCACUUCUUGUGACUUCUUCUCUUGUUGGCUUUUGUUCUUGUUCCUUGAUUUCAACAUGUUUCACAGUGUUUAGAGAUCAAUGCUUCUCUCUCUGAGUCUCUUUAGGCUUGCUAUUAUCUAUAUAUAGAGAGAGAAGAGCAAAAGAUUGUGUGAACUUG